UUUAACAGUUCAAGGAAUAAAAAUGGCGCAAAAUUGUGAAAACGCAUGUAAAAGGAUCACAUUGAAAAGCAUCCUCGAGGAACUAAAGAUCGGCCCACAGGUGAUCGAUAGAUUUGUAGAAGAGAGAAUAGAUGUUGAUAAUAUUUUAAGCUUGAGCGAUGAACAAUUGAACAGUUUUGGAAUUACAACUAUUGGCGAUCGAAUUCGUCUCCGAGAAAUGGUCAAAUGCAAAACCGAGAGAUGUUCAGUAACUCUGCUUAAUUCAGGGGCAAGUUCUGUAGCAUCUAUGUUAAAUCACCAGAGAAACUUACUUUUUACGACUAAAAGGUCAAAAAGACGGAUCAAUGAACCAGCCAAACCAGAUCUGCAUAAUCAUGGUUUCACAAAGCACCAAAAAGUUGCAAGAACUUGGACAGUAACUGUGGUUUGUUUAGCUGAUAAGGAAGCGUUAAAGGUUCCAUCAUCCUCAGAGAAAGACAUUCUAUUUAAAGCGGGCCUGGGUACUCGCAAGAUACAAUUUUUAUCAUCUGACAAAGAGGCUGACGUACUACAAAGAAUAACAUCUGACAAAUUGACUGAAGAUGGUCAAACUUUUGGAUUUCCACAGCUCAAUAAGUGUGGUGGGUUUGAAUUGCUUAAAUGUAAACAGAAUUGCAGAGAACUUUCUCUUAUUGAUUGCGAAUGGUCAGUAUCUCAACUGAAGGCAUAUCUUGGAAGUCAGACAAAAUUAUACAUACGUCCAGUGCAAACAAACUUAAGUACAGAAUCUAUUGAUAAAAAUGUCAGAAUUCAAAGUGAAGAAAUUUGUCGGUUUUGCAAAAACAGUUACGCUAUCCGUGAUCUUCGACAACAUGUUAAGACAUGCAAAGACAAGUCAAAACUAAAAGAAGUUUGGAAGAAUGAGAGUGACAGUGACAGUUUACCAGAUCCUCUGACUGAUGGAAUUUCUGAUACAGAUGUAGCAUGCAAAAGACAAGGGGAUGAUAACAAGAAUGUCCCUGCAUCAUUUUCAAAUUUGCAUGAUUCUAUGCAUUUCUCUCCUAGUUUCCCUUUUGAUAUAGCAUGUGAAACGCAAGGGGAUGAUAACAAGAAUGAUUCUAUGCAUUUCUCUCCUAGUUUCCCUUCUUUUGCUGCAACUUCAUUUAAUCAUCAGAAGGAAGACUAUGGAGAAACUACAGAUAAAUUGGUUUAUGUACAUGAAGGUGAAUUAGAAAUUGUACCAAGCUGUGCCACCAGUAGUUCUGAAGCUGCAGAUUUCACACAGAAUGAAACUUUUUCUGUGACUCCUAUCAUGUAUAAUAAAGAAAAUAAAGAAACUGUAAGUGAGUUGAACAUUGUUAUAUCAAGUGCUAUUGAUCAUUGCUUAACAGAAAAAAUAGUUGAUCCUGUGGAAAUACUGAGGUAUAUGCAAAGUGUUAUUGUGACUGGACGAAAAUUAGAACUAGAAGAUUUAGCAACCCUUGAUGAAGGAGAUACCACUUUCAUUCUAGUUGAUCGUGCCAAUGUUUUAGAAACAGCACUUGAUGAAAUUAAUGCCAUAAAAGAUGAGGACUUGAGAAAAACACUGGAAGUGAAUUUCUAUAAUGAGUGUGCUUCAGAUCAGGGAGGACCAAGAAAAGAAUUUUUCCGUCUGGUCCUGAGUGCUAUCAAAGAAAAAUAUUUUGAUAAAGGUUUAAGAGAACACUUGGCCAAGGAUUACAUUACAGUUGGAAAAAUUAUGGCUCUAAGUAUGCUGCAGAAUGGACCAAUGCCAACAUUUUUAAGUGAGGAUAUUUUGAAUGACCUUUUUUCAAGUAAAGAUCCAAACUCACUGUGUUUAAAAAAUUUAAGGACUGGAUUGGAUUCUCUAGGACUAAUCAAGGUUGGAAGCAUUUUAACUAUGUUCGUACACCUCCUAAGACCAAGCAAAACUUGUCUUACAUUGAAAGCUGUUACACAGCUACUAAAACCACAGUUUUCUGAAGAUGGUUCAAAUGACAGAAAGUAUGAAAAUUAUGUGUAUGCAGCAUUUCUGAGAUACUUGCGAGCAGCAGCUAGUGGAAGAAGGGGAGAUGUGUCACUGCAGCAUGUACUUCAGUUCGUUACAGGAGCAUCAGAAGAACCCAUCCUCGGAUUUUGCCACCCACCCUCAAUAGAGUUUGUGAAAAUGCGUGAGGAUCACAGCUUCAUUCCAACUGCAAACACUUGCAUCAAUAGUUUAAAGUUGCCAAGAGGCAGUUUAGAAAUUAAUUUGCCAAAAGAUGAGGAACUUUUUCCUCUCUUUGAUUAUGCCUUUUUAAACACAUUCUAUGGUCUUGUUUAAUUAACUGUUCUAUUCACCAAAAGUUUGGCAGACAUUGUUGAGAAAUUGUUUUUUUUAAUGCCUGCCAUGAAUGUGGCCAUAGCAUAUAGUGUUUGUUGUAACCAUCUUAUUUUUUAUGUAAGCUUAAUUUGGUGAGAAUUUGUCAACUGUGUCCAAUUUUUUUUUAACUUGAUCUUCCCAAUAACCUUUGACGCUUAUGCACUGUUACAUUUUUUGGGGAGAAUUUAUCAACUGUGUUCAUUUUUUUUUUUACCUUGACCUUCCCAACAACCUUUGACUUUACUAUUUAUUGUGUAUUAAACUCAGUUUUAAGAAA